GUGUGAAUUUGAUGCAAGCGAUGUAAACAAAUAUGGAAGACACUAACUUUUAAUUUUAAUAUUUGAGUUAUAAUCUAAACGUUUCUUAAUGCAUAUGGCAAGUGAUGAUGCUGUCAGGGCAACAAAUGAUGAUGCUGCCCAAUGUAAACGAUUUGCAGUGGAGAAAGGAUACUGGCAAGACCCUUUUAUAACACUACUGACUCAAAGAAGUCAAAAUAAGCAUGCUCCAGAAAUAAGCCGUGGUUACUAUGCUCGUGUGAUGGCGAUGAGGACACUUCUUCAAAAAUUUAUCAAAAUGACUGAUGGUAAUUGCCAGGUUGUUAACUUGGGAGCAGGUUUUGACACAACAUACUGGUUGUUUAAAUCAAAUGGAAUCAAAGCAAAGUCAUUUGUUGAGAUGGAUUUUCCUACUGUUACAGCAAAGAAAUGUUUUUUCGUCAGAAAAGGAGAAGCCUUGUUGAAUGCAAUAGCCUCAGAUGAAGAAGAUAUACAGAUAAGCAAGUCUGAAAUUCAUGGACAAGAUUACCACUUAGUAUCUGCAAAUCUAAGAGAUAUUAAAGAAGUCGAAAGAAAAUUACAUGACUGUCAUGUGGAUAAAUCUUUACCUACAGUGUUUAUAGCAGAAUGUGUACUUGUUUAUGUUGAUAGUGAUAAAACUAAAGUUUUGUUAAAUUGGAUUACAGAAAAUUUUACAUCAGCAUUAUUUCUGAAUUAUGAACAGGUUAAUAUGCAAGACAAAUUUGGAGAAGUUAUGAUAGAGAAUUUAAAGCAAAGAGAUUGUUCCUUGCCAGGAGUUUCAGCAUGUGCUAGCCUUCAAUCUCAGAAAAUAAGAUUUACAGAUACAGGAUGGGAAGCAGCCGAUGGUAUGGAGAUGACUAAUAUUUACAAAUCUCUUCCACAUGCUGAUGUUCACAGAGUAGAGAAGUUAGAAUUUAUGGAUGAAAGAGAAUUACUUGAUCAGCUGUUCUCCCAUUAUUGUAUUGUAUGGGCAUGGAAAGAUCCAAACAACAUAGGAUUAGGAAGCAUUGAUUUGACCUAAACACAAAUAUUUAUUUGUUUUGGUAUUUAAAGCUUGCUUGUGCAAGAACUGUUUUGAAAGCAGAUUGCUUAUUGUCUAACAGAGGUAUAUCCAACUGUGCCAACAUAACUUUUGUUGUAUGCAUCAAAUAUCAUUCCUGUAACCUUUAACAAAAAUUUCAAAACAAAUUUGCUAAGUAAAUGGAUGUCCAUAAAUUUUUGAUUUCGUAUAUCAUCAUUCAAAUCAUGGAUUGAUCUAAUGAUAAUAUUCAUCAAAUUUUGUGUUGUAAUUCAGGAUGUAAAAAAUAUUGUUCAGCUGCUGUAAAGGGCAUACAAUAGUAUCCUAAUUCUGGUCAUUUUUAAUAGAAAAUGUAAAGGAACAUGUCAUUUGAUUAUUUUAGAUUAAAAUAUGAUUAAAUCAAACAAUACACCACUUGAUACAAUGAAGUUAUUCGAUUCUGAUAUGAUAAUAAAAACAAAGCUAAUUUAAUAUUGUAUUUGGUAGUGUCAGUUCAAGAAUAACAUUUUUAAGCAUUAAAUGUUGAACAAUGAUGAAAUAAAACCUCUUCUUUAAUAAAAAAAAAAAAAAAACAUGAAA